AUGGGUGGCCCAGCAGGAGUCGUAGCAGCCAGUGGUAACGAGGUCUACAAGACGCUCCGCAACAACGUCAACCCCAAAUGGAUCCAGGAUCCUGGUCUUCGCAAGCUCAAUUUCGGUGUCGCUACCAUGUUUGCUUCGGCUGCAGCCAACGGAUAUGAUGGUUCUCUCAUCAACGGACUGCUUGCUAUCCCCUACUUCAACAACAACCUUGGAGAUCCCAGCUCGAGUCUCUUGGGUUUGACGCUUGCUGGUAUCAGUCUCGGGGUCUUCCUUCUNUUCAUCCCAGCGUCGUACGUCAGUGACUACAUGGGACGCCGCUUUACUGUCUUCUUGGGUUCAUCUAUCAUGCUGGCAGCUGCUAUCAUCCAGUGUGCGACCUCUGGAAUCUACGCCUUUCUUGGUACUCGUAUCAUGCUCGGUGUCGGCUUGGGGUUCUCUCAAACAGCCGCACCUCCUCUUACCACUGAGAUUGCCCAUCCUAAACACAGAGCCAAUGUCACCAACUUGUUCCAGGCCACCUGGUACUGGGGAGCUAUUCUUUCCGCCAGUAUCGCUCUUGGUACUCUUUUCCUUGACAACAGCUGGAGCUGGCGCGUCCCCUGUCUCCUUCAGGGCUUGUUCCCUGCCAUUCAAUGCCUUGGUCUCAUUGUUGUCCCAGAAUCGCCCCGCUGGUUGAUCUCCAAGGGUCGGGACCAGGAAGCUCUUGCUAUACUAGCAAAAUAUCAUGCAAACGGCGACAGUAACGAUGAGCUUGUGCAGUACGAGUUCCAGGAGAUUUGUCAGACUAUCGAGUUGGAAAGACAGGCUUCCAAAACGACUGGCUGGUCCACUUUCUUCGCCACAAAGGGAAACCGUCAUCGCUUCCUCAUCUGUAUCUUGGUCGGUUUUAUGAUUCAGUGGGCUGGCAACGGUAUCGUGUCAUACUACCUCGCACCCAUUCUCAAGAGCGUUGGCAUCACCAGCUCCGUCACGCAAGCCGGCAUCAAUCUUGCUCUUCAGUUCUGGAAUGCAGGUCUCUCUUUNGCAGGCGCCCUUGCUGCUGAACGCUAUGGUCGUCGUCCUCUGUGGCUGCUCUCGGCCAGCGGCAUGCUAGCCUCCUUCAUCAUCGUUACAGCUCUCAGCGCCACUUUCGCCGAACAUGGUGUUAAAGCUGCAGGAGGCGCCACAGUCGCUUUCCUUUUCAUUUUCUUUGGUUUCUACGAUAUUGCCUUUACUCCUUUGUCCAUCGCCUACCCUGUCGAGAUUCUUCCUUUCCACCUCCGCUCUAAGGGUUUGUCUGCCAACCUUACCAGUGUCUUUGCCCUGGGCUUCUUCAAUCAAUACGUCAAUCCCAUUGCUCUGGAGGCCAUUCAGUGGAAGUUCUACUUUGUCUAUAUUGCUACGCUUUCGGCUAUGAUUCCUACUAUCUGGUUCGUGUUUCCAGAGACCAAGGGACGUACUUUGGAAGAGAUUGCUGUGGUGUUCGAUGGCGAGGGAGCGCAUAGAGACUUUCAUGUAGUCUCCUUUGCGAAUGAAAAGGCUUCUGAGGACAAGAUUGAGACUACCAAUGUCGAGUAUGUCAAGGUAGUUUGA